AUGGACCUGGACGUGGACUACGAGCGGCCCAACGUCGAGACCAUCAAGUGCGUGGUGGUGGGCGACAACGCCGUGGGCAAGACCCGGCUGAUCUGCGCCCGCGCCUGCAACGCCACCCUCAGCCAGUACCAGCUGCUGGCCACGCACGUGCCCACCGUGUGGGCCAUCGACCAGUACCGCGUCUGCCAGGAGGUGCUGGAGCGCUCCCGGGACGUGGUGGACGAGGUGAGCGUGUCGCUGCGGCUCUGGGACACCUUCGGGGACCACCACAAGGACCGGCGCUUCGCCUACGGCAGGUCGGAUGUGGUCGUGCUCUGCUUCUCGCUGGCCAACCCCAACUCCCUGCGCCACGUGAAGACCAUGUGGUACCCCGAGAUCAAGCACUUCUGCCCGCGGACCCCCAUCAUCCUGGUGGGCUGCCAGCUGGACCUGCGCUACGCCGACCUGGAGGCCGUCAACCGUGCCCGGCGCCCCCUGGCCAAGCCCAUCAAGCCCACGGACAUCCUGCCCCCGGAGCGGGGCCACGAGGUGGCCAAGGAGCUGGGCGUGCCCUACUACGAGACCAGCGUGGUGGCCCAGUUCGGCAUCAAGGACGUCUUCGACAACGCCAUCCGUGCCGCCCUCAUCUCCCGCCGCCACCUGCAGUUCUGGAAGUCCCACCUGAAGAAGAUGCAGCGCCCGCUGCUGCAGGCCCCCUUCCUGCCCCCCAAGCCCCCGCCGCCCGUCAUCCACAUCCCCGACCCCCCGGCCAGCCGCAGCUGGGGCCCCGCCGCCCUUUUCUGCACCCCGCUGUGCGCCGACGUCGUCUUCCAGCUGCAGGGCGGCCAGCAGGUCUUCGCCCACCGCGUCUACCUGGCCACCUCCUGCUCCAAGUUCUACGACCUCUUCACCCUGGAGGGGCCGCGGGGGGCGGCCAAGGAGCCGGCCGCCCGCGCCCGCAGCCUGGAUGGGGAGCGGGGGGCGCUGGGCGAGGGGGCGCGCGCCCCGCUGCGGACCUCGCAGAGCGACGAUGCCCUGCGGCCGGCGGCGGGGGACAACGCGGUGCCCGGUGCCCGCGACCUGUCGGCGUGGGGCCGUGGCUUUGUCAGCAUGCGCUGGGAGCUGGUGGAGGACCCGGUGGCGGGGCGGGAGAAGCGGAUGACGGUGGUGUGCAUGGACCGGCUGGUGCAGGCGGAGCCCUUCCGCGCCGUGCUGGAGUACCUCUACACCGGGCGGCUGGACCAGGCCCGCGGGGACCUGAUGCAGGUGGCCACCAUCGCCGAGCUGCUGGAGGUCUUCGACCUGCGCAUGAUGGUGGCCAACGUGCUCAACAAGGAGAGCUUCAUGAACCAGGAGAUCACCAAGGCCUUCCACGUCCGCCGUGCCAACCGCAUCAAGGAGUGCCUGGGGAAGGGGGUCUUCGCAGAUGUGGUUUUCCGCGUGGAUGACGGGACCGUGCCGGCGCACAAACCCCUGCUGAUUGCCGGCUGCGACUGGAUGAUGGCCAUGUUCCGGGGGGCUUUCCGGGAGAGCUACGCUGCUGAGGUCUCCCUGCCAGGCACCAACUGCGCCUGCCUGCGCGCCGUCCUCGACUUCCUCUACACCGGCGUCUUCACCCCCACACCCGACCUGGACGCCAUGGAGCUCCUCAUCCUCACCAACCGCCUCUGCCUGCCCCGGCUGCAGGCGCUCACAGAGCAGUACGCCGUGGAUGAGCUGCUCCGAGCCUUCAUGCAGCAGGUGGAGAUCGACGAGCAGGUGAUCAUCUACCUGGAGAUGACGCAGUUCCACAACGCCCGGCAGCUGGCCGCCUGGUGCCUGCACUACAUCUGCACCAACUACAACAGCGUCUGCCGCCGCUUCCCCCGGGAGAUGAAGUUCAUGUCCCCAGAGAACCAGGCGCACUUCGAGCGGCACCGCUGGCCGCCGGUGUGGUACCUGAAGGAGGAGGACCUGUACCUGCGCUCCAAGAAGGAGCGGGAUCGCGAGGAGCAGCUGCAGCGCAAGCAGCACACCCGCAGCAAGUGGUGCUUCUGGCGCCCCUCGCCCCACGUCUCCUGAAGCGAGGGGCACAAGGGGCACGGCCGUGACGCGCCCCGGGGCAAGGGGCACGGCCGCGCCCCGGCUGGCACAGGGUGGGGGGCUCCCCUCUCCGCCCCCCCCCUGCCCCGGGGCUGCGGCUGCUGCGGGCCCUGGGGGCUGCCUGUUUACACCCCCGUCCCCAGGCUGGUUUACAGGCGCUCGCUGCCGCCGCCGCUCUGGUUUACGGCCCCAUUCCCCCCCCCGCCGCCGCCUCGCGGUGCCUUUCCCUGGGGCGGCGGCGUGCCAAGCCGGGCAGGGCCCCCCCACCCCAGCCGGCGCUGGUGCUACCUCUGACCGAGCAGUAUUGUGGGGCUGGGGGCUCUGCUGCCCCCUCCCCUGCCAGGGCCCCGCGGGAGGGUGCUGGCUCCCCGGGCUGGGGCUCCCCGGCCGGGCUCUCUGGUGCUGUUUUUUCCCCCCUUCCUCUGCCUCAGCGGAGGUGGGGGCCAAGCUGUGAGCGGGGCACGGGGCGGGAGGGCAGAGGGGCCGCGGGGGCUGCGUGUGCCACAGGAGCUGCCCCUGCCCGCCGAGGGCGUCCCGGCUCACCCCGGUCAUCUCUGUGCCUUGGACACGUCCCGGAGGGGCCGACGUCCCCGUCGCGGUGUCCCUGCGCUGCACAACCCUUUGUACACUUUUCUACUCCGCUCGCCCCGACCCAGCACAACCUCCCGGGCGCCUGCGCCCGCCUCAAGGGCUCUUUGUACCUUCGCCUUCCCAACCACUGUGAGUGGGGCGCCGCGCUUUGCCGCGCCGAGUUUUAACCUUUAAUAAAGCCUUUUGUAACGGGA